CGAAGUGUCAACGCCGAUGCGUCCCGGGGAGAGGAGCCGCCAAGCUGCGGUUCCGCGCGACGGGGGCGGGCCAAGGCUAUCCCAGUGCGCAGGGGGUCGGCACGCACGGGCAAAGAGUCUCCGCUGAGGAAGGGGUGGCAAGCAGCCCCACGGCGCCCGGCGGUGCCGGGUUCCCGGAGACAGGGUGCGGGGAGCACUCUGCUGGGGACGCCCGAACCCUCCUUCGGGGCCGGGGCCGGGGCGGUGCCGAGCCGUGCCCAGCCGCGGCGUGCGGUAAUCCCAUCUCAAGGCCGGACACAGCCUUCUCUCCCUUCCCCUCCCUCCCGCCCCGUCCCUGCUCGGCGCCGGUGCGAGCCCCAGCGCCUCUCCGCUCGGUUCCGCUCGCCUCUCUCCGACCUGCGCCCCGCACCCUGCUCCUGCCCAGAGGGGACGCGCGGAGGCGGCGGCGAACCCUGUCCGCGGGCACCGGCCCCCCUCCCCGUGCGCGGGUGGCGGCGGGGGACCGCGGCGCGGAUGGAGGUGCCGGGCCGCUGCCACCAUCGCAGCCGCCGCUUCGUCGCGCUCCUGCUCCGGCUCCUGCUCCUGUCGUCGUGCAGUGGCUGUGCGGCGGCUCCGCGGAGGAGUAUCCCCCGCCGACAAGAUAGGCUCGGGCCUCCUCUUGAUAUACUGCUGGAUUCACUGAACUGCACAGCGUUCAGUGUACAAUGGAGGAUGCCAAAGCAGCAUGCAAGCACCAUCACGGGAUACACGGUCUUUUACUCAGAGAUUGAAGAUGACAAGGCAGUUAAACAACUCUCACAUGAUGUUCCCCUGAGUUUGGAUAUGCUCAGCAUGGGUCACCUUGAAGGACAAGCAAUUUUUGAAGUUGUUAUCGGUGAUCUAAAGCCAGGCACUCCACACCGCGUGAGCGUUGGAGCAUACGGUUGGGCCGGGAAAGGACGACCCAGCAUGCCCAGAGAUGUGACAACCUUAUCCCAAGAUAAGUGCAUGCCCCCUGCACCACCUUAUCAGCCCCAGAUCGUCGUGGUUUCUGAUUCAGAAGUUGCAUUGUCCUGGAAGCCUGGAGUGAGUGAAGGAAGUUCUCCCAUUCAGUACUAUACAGUGGAGUUUAUCAGGCCAGACCUUGACAGCAAUUGGACAGUGAUAAGAGAGCAGAUACAGAUGGAGUCCAUGGUUCUCAAAGGACUUCUCCCAAACACCAAGUACCAGUUUGCUGUCCGAGCAGCAAACUUCUAUGGACCCAGCCCUGCCAGUGCUCCAAGUGACAUAAUCCGAACGUUCAGCUUGGAGGAGUUAGGAAGUGGAAGCUAUGGGCAUCGGUAUAUCACAGACACGGUGACUGGUGAUGAUGAUGAAUUUGAUAUUGAUGACUCAGACUACGACAUUUACAUAGAAGAGCUCAGACCACUCCCUGCUAUCAAAGGAGGCAACAGAAAAUUUCUGGUUGAAACUAAAGUCACACCACAUUCUAGUUUCAGGCUCCUGUCACGAGUCCUUACAACCACUUCUGAACCCACUACUUACUCUGCCACCACAAUGAGGCCCUCAACCACAGCAAGGGCAAGCACCACUCAGGCAGUGAGGAGGGGUGGCAUGUCUUCUGCCGCACGCCUCUUUGAUUUCUCCUGCGAAGAGGCUGUCUGUUCUGCAGACAGUUUUUGCAUCAAUGACUAUGAUCGGGGUGGCUCGCGCUGCCACUGCAACCUGGGAAAAGGAGGAGAGACGUGUGCAGAAGAUGUUAUUAUCCAGUAUCCUCAGUUCUCUGGCUACUCAUACAUCACCUUUGAACCACUGAAAAACUCCUAUCAGACAUUUCAGAUUACUAUUGAAUUCAGGGCUGAAUCAGAAGAUGGUUUGCUGCUAUACUGUGGAGAAAAUGAACAUGGUCGUGGUGAUUUUAUGUCACUGGCUAUCAUCCGACGUAGCCUCCAGUUCAGGUUCAACUGUGGCACUGGAGUUGCAGUCAUCAUCAGUGAAAACAAAGUCAAGCUGGGGAACUGGCACAGUGUCACGUUGUUCAGAGAUGGGAUGAGUGGCUGGCUCAGGAUGGAUAAUGAUGCUCCAGUGACAGGAAAAUCUCAGGGCCAAUAUAGUAAAAUUACGUUCCGGACUCCCUUCUACGUUGGCGGUGCCCCCAGCGUGUACUGGUUGGUCAGAGCUACAGGCACCAACCGUGGGUUUCAGGGCUGCGUCCAGUCACUCAGCGCCAAUGGGAAGAUGAUUGAUAUGAGACCCUGGCCAUUAGGGAAAGCUCUCAGUGGUGCUGAUGUUGGUGAGUGUAGCAGUGGUAUCUGUGACGAGGCUUCCUGCAUCAACAGUGGUGCCUGUACUGUGAUCAAAGCAGAUUCAUACAUUUGCCUUUGCCCUCUUGGAUUUAAAGGUCAUCAUUGUGAAGAAGCACUCACCUUGGCCAUACCUCAGUUCAACGAGUCCUUAAGAUCUUUUGCUAGCACACCCUGGCCCUUGGAACCACAGAAUUACCUUUCCUUCAUGGAGUUUGAGAUGACAUUUCGCCCAGAUUUAGAGACUGGUGUCCUUUUGUACAGCUACGACACAGACAGCAAGGACUUCCUCUCCGUUAACAUGGUGGCUGGUUACGUGGAGUUCAGAUUUGACUGUGGCUCAGGGAUGGCUGUUAUCAGGAGUGAAGAACCUGUCAGCCUGAGUCAAUGGCAUGAGUUGCGAGUGUCUCGCACAGCAAAGAAUGGUAUCCUACAAGUGGACACGCAAAAGCCAGUGGAAGGAAUGGCAGAGGGGGCUUUCACACAGAUAAAGUGCAGCUCUGACAUAUUCAUUGGUGGAGUACCUAGUUAUGAUGCUGUGAAGAAGAAUUCUGGGAUCCUCAGGCCAUUCAGUGGAAGCAUCCAGAAGAUAAUCUUGAAUGACCGGACAAUUGACCUGAAACGGGAUUUCACUUUUGGAGUCAACCUAGCAAAUGCUGCCCACCCCUGUGUGAGCUCACCGUGUGCAAAUGGAGGCACCUGCAUUCCCAAAAAGGACAGCUAUGAAUGUGACUGUCCCCUGGGCUUCGAUGGGCAACAUUGCCAAAAAGCUAUUACAGAAGCAAUUGAAAUACCACAAUUUAUUGGUCGCAGUUACCUCACAUAUGAUAAUCCAGAUAUCCUGAAAAGAGUAUCAGGAUCAAGAACAAACGUGUUCAUGAGAUUUAAAACCACAAUGAAGGAAGGUCUUUUGCUGUGGAGGGGAGACAGUCCCAUGCGACAGAACAGUGAUUUCAUUUCUCUAGGCCUUCAAGGAGGAGCAUUAAUAUUCAGUUACAAUUUGGGCAGUGGCAUUGCUUCCAUCAUGGUGAAUGGCUCUUUCGGCGACGGCCGGUGGCACAGAGUCAAGGCUGUUCGGGAUGGACAAUCUGGCAAAGUAACUGUGGAUGAUUAUGGUGCCAGGACUGGUAAAUCCCCUGGGAAGAUGAGGCAGUUAAACAUCAAUGGAGAUCUCUAUGUAGGUGGCAUGAAGGAGAUAGCCCUGCACACGAACAGGCAGUACCUGAGGGGCUUGGUGGGCUGUGUCUCCCACCUCACGCUUUCAACUGACUACCACAUUGCGCUGGUGGAGGACGCAGCUGAUGGGAAGAACAUCAACACGUGUGGGGCCAAGUGACAAGAGAGGAGCCCCAGUGCUGAGGACCCGUCCUGUGCUUGUGUGUGUGGCUGAAUGCCACAGCCCUCUACAACUGGCCCACCUUUGUCUUCUGGGAAAGUAACAGAGACAAAUGGAUCUCCUUUGACUCAAAAGGAAAAAAAAAAACCAAAAACCAAAACCAUUUUCCCCUUUCCUUUCUUCUCCUUUCCUGACCAAACCAAACCAAGUAUUUUGUAUAGGAACCGUCCCCUAUACCUGUUAAGUGUUUUGUGAGCACUAAAGGCUGUGCAUUGGUGCAAAGAGAAAAAAAAUGCGUGAUGUUACGGGUAGCUCAAUGACUUGUCUUGUGGUCCUUAGCUUAUCUUUUGUAAUGUCAGAGAAAGUAGUCUUGAAAGACCCACCCUGCAGUGGUACAGUGACUCUGCUGUUCAGCAAGUACACCAUCAGGCAGUGUAUCUAUGCAUUCAAAUGCAUGUUCCAGAACAAACAGUUCUCCUUAGCGCUCUCUGAUUUAGCUAAAUUAUGUUUCAUUCUGUGUAAACAACAGCUACAAUGACUGGUGUCAAAAUAUUGCUGUUUGUUGAGGAGGAAAGUUCCUAAAGUCUACUUUUUUAUUACAAGCAACAAAAGCAAUGAACCAAUUUUGUAGACGUAAUUUUAUACUUGUUUAUUUUUAUAGCAGCAGCAGACUUGCUUAGAUGGCAUAACUUUAAACUAUAUACUAUAUACAAUUAGGUCUUUGCACACUUUCCUAAAAAUAGCAGUGACCUGUGGUUUAAAUUUGAUAUAUGAGAGACUUAAUGUCUGUAUCACAGUUUACUUGGGGAUAUAUGUGAGUUAUGACCAGUUUUAAGUCUGACUCUUUUUUUUUUGUAAAUUUUGACAGUUUAAAAUCAUACAUUAUGAAGCUUUCCUGUCUUAAACAGAUUAAAAGAUUAGGAAAAAAAAAGAGCUAAUGCUUGCUACUGUGGUGUUAUAAAUCACUUUUUUUUCUUCUGAAAAUGAGAAAAGGGAUGUGCAAGAGACCUUGGUGGGUCACAGUCCUCUUAAAUAAAAUGUUUUCUAGGCACUGGACCAAUAGUUAUGCAACCUUGAUUGCCAAAAUCUAAUUUAAGCAGGCAAACAGAGUACUGUCAAGACACAGAGGAAAUGGUCCAGAAAUUCAUAGUUUGGAGAUUUUUUUUCUUCCUUAACUCUUUGUUUGAAGUAGAUCAGUAACCCAUCAGGGGAGACUCAAUGUGCAGUGAAGUUCUCUGUGACUUGUCACAUGCUGGCAGUGGGAGAAGCACAGACCUCCUCAGGGACAAAUGUCUCUGAGUUAAAAGGACUUGAUAUGUAAAAGUGGCCACCGGGAACUUUCUAUUGCAUUUUUUUGCCUGUGCCUAGGUUGGUCCCAGCAUCCUGGGAAUUAGAAUACAUUCCCAAGAGUCAUCCUGUCUGCAGCUGACUGUGAGAAGUUGCAGGCUCAAGUGGAAAAGAAUAACAGUUGGUACUAGAUAAUGGUACAUACCAAGGAGACCCCUGCUUUUUUCAUGCAUGCUCAAAGGCACACCCUGAGUUCUUAGAUGAAAGGUUGUGUGCUCCUUGUAGAUACGACAGCAGUGUUCAGAUACAGGCACUUGUUAGAAAUGGAAAGAAACAAAAAAACUCCAUGGUGGUACCAGUAUGUAACUUGCACCUGUGCUCUCCCCCCUGUUCGAAUCACACAAAAUUGUCCAUAGAAGAUUGUCUCUCCUUCCCAGAGAAGUAGAGUUUUGAUUUGUCAUGGGGGACCCCAUGGGGAGAGAGAAACCUGUGCAUGGUUGAGAAAAAUUGGAAUAAAGUAUGUCUGAUAAAAAUGUGGCUUUAAAAUGAAAGUAAAUAGAAUUUGAUGCCAUAGGAUGAAAAUGGGAAAUGUGCAAAAAGAGUAAGAACUAAAACUUCUGGAGACCGGAGAUCUUGCUGGCUUCUCACUGUGGCUGCUCUUCAUGAAGCCCCUGGCUGCCUGGGAGAGAAGAUUUGUGUUUUAUGAGCUUGAGGGGUUUCCCAGAUGGUAGGGACCUGUGCUGGCCUGUCACAGGGCAGGAGAUCUGUCUGGCUGUACCCUGAGUCCUGCAGACCUGCUGUGCUGGGGGAUGAUGGGGGAUCGCACUAAUCCAGAAGUGGCAUUGGCAUCCACUCUGUCACAUGUGCCUCACCUUUCUUGUCCAUUCAUUUCAGUCACAGGGUUGGUAGAGCAGCUCCAAGACAAACAUCUGGUGGUAGAGGUCUCUAUUUUAAGAUAAUUUACAGCAGAAUAGUGGGCAUUUUGAUAUAAGGCAAUACAUCUUCAGAACAAAAGCUGCUCUUUGAAACGCAGGAUGAGGAAGGUAGUGGGUAGGAAAUACCUCUGUUGUGGAAAAAGAAGCACAACAAACAGCAGCUUCCCAAAUGCCUGUUUCCAACAGCGUGUCACCACGGGGGAGUUCAGAGCAGGCAGCAUCACCCUGCUGCGCCGGAGACAGCAUGAGUGGCACAGCUGCG